CCGCCAUCUUGUCGCGGAUGAGAGUAGGGACUUCGGAAGAACAUAAUAAUAUUUAUACAAAUGCGGACCAUUCAGACCGAGCCUUAAUAGCUUUGUGGCGAUAAAUAGUACUAAUAUGGUCGAUUUGGAGGACAAUCGUGCUGUCUGUGGCCGAAAUGUGGCCGAUCUUGUCCUGUGGAAAAGCUCCGUAUAGCUGAUUUCCCCCUCCAGCAAGCAUUGCUGCUCAUAAUUUCGCUCUCGGUGCCAUGUUUCAGUCCGGCCUGCGCUGGUUCCAGCAGAAAUGUCUUUAUAAGAACAUUAUUUUCGCUUAUUAUUGAUUCGGGUCCGAAAUGGAUCGUGAAGCUGUUCGUUCUGACUCGGAGGAUUUCGCUUCCUUGGAGAUACACCGAUGACGUAAGACGUAAAAGACUCGAUUCUAAUCCUUGUUUGAAUAUUUUUUUUUCUCAAGAAGCAAAAUAAACGAUAUUUCCUGAUUAAAGAAGAAGAAUUAUGAGCUUAAUUGGUGUGGAAUUAUCAUGGGUUGAAUGGCAGUGGCGAAGCGGGGCGCUGUUGCUUGUCUUUUGAGCCAUUUCAGCUGGCUAGCAUGGCUUGCUAGUGCUACUGACUUGGUGCGUUUUUUUUACAUGAAUGAUUUUGUAACCCGACUGGUUUUUAGUUGAGACCUUAAAAUUAGAACAUUUCAUUCCGUCCUGAAAACCAACCCGAAAAAAUACACAGAAUGGCUGACAACCUCUUGGAUAUGGGACCCCCCAACGCAAAGCGUCCUAAGCUGAAUUCCCCUGCUCUGUCUUCGUCCGACGGUCCAGACUUGGGGUCCUUGUUUGACUUGGAAAACGACCUCCCAGACGAACUGAUCCCCAAUGGUGAUGUGGGACUGCUGUCUAUGCCGAGCAAUGGCGAUGGAGGAGUUGCGGGCAGGAUGGGUGGCAUGGUGCCUGAUGCUGCUGCCAAACACAAGCAGCUCUCGCAGCUCCUGCAGUCAGGCAGCGGUGGUCAGCCCGGCAUGGUUGGGCAGCUAAGCACCUUGUGCAAGAGUCCACUAGGUCAGGCCUCACCGAGUCACCCUUCACAGCCCCAGAAACCUGUCGGCACACCCAGCGGUCCAGGCAACAGCGGCAGCCCAGGCAUGGGCAUGAACACAGGCUUUAACCAGGCUGUGCUGAACAGUGGGCAGGCCCAUGGGCUUAUGAGUCAGAAUAUGGCACAGCAAGGGCAGAUGAUGAAUGGCAUGAUGGGGCCAGCAGGUCGAGGAAGGGCGGCACCAGGCAUGCAAUACCAGGGCCAGACCAUGCAGGGGACACCAGGAGGAGGUGGUGGCACACCAGGCGUCAGCUUGGCAGGCAGUGUUCUGGCAGAGACACUGACGCAAGGAGCACCUCAAAUGAGUGCACACAAUGCAAUCAACCCUCAGCAAACAGGAAACCUAGUCAAGAUGGGUAUGGGGGCCACAAAUGGUCCUUUUGGACAGCAGUAUGUGCAGGGCGCAGUGCAGCAGAUGAACAGUGCUGGUGUUAAUGUGCAGCUCCAGAACAAGGCAGCUCUCUCGAACAGCAUCCAGCCCACGCUUAAGGGGGCGUCCAGUGUACAGAAUCUGCUUCAACAGGUUCCAGCUGUGGGUAUGAUGCCAGGACAAGGGGCACCAGCUGCUCCCACCGCAGAUCCUGAGAAGCGCAAGCUGAUCCAGCAGCAGCUGGUCCUGCUGCUUCACGCACACAAGUGCCAGCGGCGUGAGCAGGCCAAUGGCGAGGUGCAGCCCUGCCUGCUACCCCACUGUCGUACCAUGAAGAAUGUUCUCAACCACAUGACCCACUGCCAGGCUGGCAAGUCCUGUCAAGUGGCACACUGUGCAUCCUCAAGACAAAUUAUUUCUCACUGGAAGAACUGCACACGGCAUGACUGUCCAGUCUGUUUGCCUUUGAAGACUGCCAGCGACAAAAGAAACCAGCAGCCCAUGCUGAAUCCAACCAACACUGGCAUACAAACACCCAUGGGCACAGUGGGCAACACUCAGCCGACUGCUCCCAGUAUCAACAGCGCCACCCACAUAGACCCAAGCUCCAUGCAGAGAGCCUAUGAAGCUUUGGGUCUCCCAUAUGGAAACCAGUCUGCCUCACAGACACAGGGGUUGGGUCAGCAGACUUCUCAGAACCAGUCAAUUCAGCAGCAGCUCCGGACCAUGAACUCACUAGGCACUAACCAGAUGAACAUGGGCGGUAACGGUAUGGGCAUUUCCACUGCUGAUCAGACGGGUCUCCACACUGACUCAUCACUGCCAUCAUCCCUCAGCAAUCAGCUCAUGUCAGAUGGAUCUGGUGUGGGGGGAAUGGGGAAUCUGCCAUCAGCAACGGCACCUUCUAUGCCUGGCAUGGAAAAGACCUGGCAUGAGCAUGUCACUCAGGAUCUGCGUAACCACCUUGUGCAUAAACUCGUUCAAGCCAUAUUCCCCACUCCCGACCCGGCAGCACUGAAGGACAAACGAAUGGAAAAUCUAGUCGCUUAUGCUCGCAAGGUGGAGGGUGACAUGUAUGAGUCUGCCAACAGCAGGGACGAGUAUUACCACUUUCUAGCUGAGAAAAUCUAUAAGAUCCAGAAGGAGCUGGAAGAGAAAAGGAAGUCAAGGCUUCAGAGACAGCCUCCCAUUGGCACUCAGGGGGUUCAGCAGCCUGGUAUUCCCCAGCCUAAUGCCAUGGGAACUGCACAAGCCAUCCGGCCACCAAAUGGACCUCUGCCUAUGUCCAGCGUGCCAAAUCAGAUAAUGAACCGCUUGAAAGCUCCUCAAGGGCUGAAUCAGUUUAACGCCAUGGCGAUGCAGAAUGUACAGAUAUCUCAGUCCCCAGUAGGAUCUCGAGCACCCUCCCCUAUGAACCAUCCAGCUCAAAUGAACAUGGGCUCUGUUAAUACGGUGGGUAUGUCUCCUUCAAGGAUGAUGCAAGCUCAAAGUAUGAUGGGAGCUCAUGCAAACAACAUGGUGGGCCAAACUCCCAACCAGAAUCAAUUUAUGAACCAGACACAGUUCCCAAACUCUGCAGCUGCCGUGAAUGUGAACUUGGCUCAACAGGCAGGACAGGCUGGUGUCACACAGCCUCAGCAGCAGAACUCUAAUCUCUCCCUGAAUGCUCUGGGUUCCCUGACUCCACAGCCUGCUAUGUGUUCUACCCCUCCACCUCCCACCUCUGGCAUGGUAGCCCCUAACCUGCAACACAUGGCUCAGCCCUCCACACCUGCCUCUACCGGGAGUCAGGCCACACCCACCCACAUACCCCGCCCUCCUUCAGUCCUGUGUGCCUCCCCCAACCCCUCACAACCACUUACGCCCCUGCAGUCCCAGCCAGAGCCUGCAUUGCAGACACCACAGGCAGCCUCUGAGCAAGCGCAGCACCCUGCUACUCCGCAGCUCUCUCAGGGAGCAGCUAACAUGGAUAAUCAAGUACCCACCCCUGCAUCUGAAGCAGACACGCACCCCCAACCAGAAAUCCCUGUGGCCCUUCCUAAAACUGAGCCAGAAGAGGAGAAGCCGGACCUCGAGAGUGGCAAGAAGCAGCUUGAUAUCAAAUCAGAGGAUGAAGAUAUCAAGGCUUUGCCUGUAAAGAAGGAGGAGCCACAGAGUGCAGAGCCUAAGCAGGAGCCAAUGGAUUCAGAGGAGAAGAAACCAGAGGUGAAGACAGAAGCCAAAGAGGAGGAAGACAGUGAGCCUAGUGGUACAACUUCGUCCUCUCAGUCCCCUCAGACACACAAAAAGAUCUUUAAGCCAGAAGAGCUGAGACAGGCAUUGAUGCCCACAUUGGAAGCUCUGUACAGGCAAGACCCUGAAUCUCUGCCCUUUCGCCAGCCUGUGGACCCCAUGCUGUUGGGCAUUCCGGAUUACUUUGACAUAGUGAAGAAUCCCAUCGACCUGUCAACUAUCAAGCGGAAGCUUGAUACUGGUCAGUACCAGGAGCCCUGGCAGUAUGUAGACGACAUCUGGCUCAUGUUUAAUAAUGCCUGGCUGUACAAUCGCAAGACAUCGAGGGUGUACAAAUACUGCUCCAAACUGUCCGAGGUGUUUGAGCAGGAGAUUGACCCAGUCAUGCAAGGCCUGGGCUAUUGCUGUGGGAGAAAGUAUGAGUUCUCACCUCAAACUCUUUGCUGCUACGGCAAACAGCUGUGCACCAUCUCCAGAGACGGCACAUACUACAGCUACCAGAACAGGUAUCACUUCUGUGAAAAGUGCUUCAACGAGAUCCAGGGCGACAGCGUCACCCUGGGCGAUGAUCCUGCACAGCCUCAGACUAUGAUAUCAAAGGAUCAAUUUGAGAAGAAGAAAAAUGACAUGCUGGACCCUGAGCCUUUUGUUGAAUGUAAAGAUUGUUGCCGGAAGAUGCAUCAGAUCUGUGUACUGCACUGUGAUGCCAUCUGGUCAUCAGGAUUUGUCUGUGAUAACUGUCUUAAGAAGUCUGGAAAAACAAGAAAGGAUAACAAGUUUUCUGCAAAAAGAUUACAGAGUACGAGGUUGGGAACGUACAUAGAGGACCGUGUGAACAAGUUCUUAAAGAGACAGAACCACCCUGAAGCUGGGGAAGUGUUUGUGCGGGUCGUGGCCAGCUCAGACAAGAUGGUUGAUGUCAAACCUGGAAUGAAAGCUAGGUUUGUUGACUCAGGGGAGAUGUCAGAAAGCUUUCCAUACAGAACCAAAGCACUGUUUGCGUUUGAAGAGAUAGAUGGAGUAGAUGUGUGUUUUUUCGGCAUGCACGUGCAGGAAUAUGGGUCAAACUGCCCAUUUCCAAACACCAGGCGUGUAUACAUAUCAUACCUUGACAGUAUUCACUUCUUUAAGCCUCGGUUGCUAAGGACUGCUGUCUACCAUGAAAUUCUGAUUGGGUAUCUGGAAUAUGUAAAGAAACUUGGUUACGUGAUGGGUCACAUUUGGGCCUGUCCACCAAGUGAAGGAGAUGACUAUAUCUUCCAUUGUCACCCUCCUGAUCAGAAGAUCCCCAAGCCCAAAAGACUGCAGGAAUGGUAUCGCAAAAUGCUGGACAAAUCUUUUGCAGAAAGAAUUAUUCAUGACUAUAAGGACAUUUUCAAGCAGGCUACAGAGGAUCGGCUGACAAGUGCCAAUGAGCUGCCAUAUUUUGAGGGUGACUUUUGGCCCAAUGUGCUGGAAGAGAGCAUCAAAGAGCUGGAACAGGAGGAGGAAGAGAGGAAGAAGGAGGAGAGUACAGCCACCUCUGAGAUAGUUGAGGGGAACCAGGCUGAUAGCAAAAAUGCCAAAAAGAAGAACAAUAAGAAGACCAACAAAAAUAAGAGCAGCAUGAGCCGAGCUAACAAGAAGAAGCCCGGAAUGCCGAACGUAGCUAACGACCUGUCUCAAAAGCUCUAUGCAACUAUGGAGAAGCACAAAGAGGUGUUUUUUGUAAUCCACCUCCACGCCGGGCCUGUAAUCAACACCCUGCCCCCCAUCGUGGACCCUGACCCCAUGCUCACCUGUGACCUGAUGGAUGGCCGGGAUGCCUUCCUGACGCUAGCACGGGACAAACACUGGGAGUUCAGCUCUUUGCGCCGCUGCAAGUGGAGCACUAUGUGCAUGCUGGUGGAGUUGCAUAACCAGGGCCAGGACCGCUUUGUCUACACCUGCAAUGAGUGCAAGCACCACGUAGAGACACGCUGGCACUGCACCGUCUGCGAGGACUUUGACUUGUGCAUUAAUUGCUACAAAUCCAAGGGUCACGAGCAUCAGAUGGUGAAAUGGGGUCUUGGCCUUGACGACGACAGCAGCAAUCAAAGCAGUGAAGCUUCCAAGAGCCCACAGGAAAGCCGCCGCCUGAGCAUACAGCGCUGCAUCCAGUCUCUGGUGCACGCCUGCCAGUGUCGCAAUGCGAACUGUUCACUGCCAUCCUGCCAGAAGAUGAAGCGGGUGGUGCAGCAUACCAAGGGCUGCAAGCGCAAGACCAACGGGGGCUGUCCGGUCUGCAAGCAGCUUAUUGCUCUGUGCUGCUACCAUGCCAAGCACUGUCCAGAGAACAAGUGUCCUGUGCCAUUUUGCUUAAACAUAAAGCACAAGCUUCGGCAGCAGCAGAUUCAACAGCGGCUGCAUCAGGCCCAGAUGAUGAGGCGACGCAUGGCGCUCAUGCAGGGCCGCACCAUGCAAAAACCCAUGCCCUCACCUAAUUCCGGAGCUCCCGGGACCCCAAACUCUCAGUCACAGCCACAGACGCCACAGCCAUUACCAAACCAGCCCCAGGUGCCUACCCAAAACCUGGCUGUCAUGCCCCAAGCCUUCACAAACAACGGGCACAGCAGUCAACCGCCCACACCAGGCAAACAAGGGCCUCAGUCCUCGCCCCUCCAUCAGCAACAGUCUCCACUGCCCAUGCCUCCGCAACAGCACCCUCAAGCACCGACACCACAACAGCAGCAAUCGCUGGCUGCCCUGGCAGUGGCACGAAAUAUAGAGAUGGCUGCCAAGGCAAAGCAGCAGCAAGAGCAGCAGUCAAACUUCCAGGUUAACAUGAAUGGCGUGCCCAUGAACCAGCCUCGCAUGAUGGUGCCUAUGCAGGUGAUGGGGCCCCGAGGCCCACAGCCGAUGCAAAGCAUGCAGUCCGGGCCGUGGGGUCCUGGGAUGCAAGGGGCCAUGCAGAACCCACAGGCCCCUCAACCGCAGCAGGUGCCAAUGCAGCAGGUCACUAUGGUCUCUCAACAGCCUCAGGUAACGCAGCAGACUCAGCUGUUGCAACGACCCAUGAUGCAACCGCAACAAGCCCGGCCCAUGCAGAGUGUCAUGCCCCCGCAACCAGUGCCACCUCAAACACCACAGCAAAUGGGCAUUGCCCAGCGGGGGACAGGAAGCAGCAUUGCGCCCGGUGCCCUCCAGGAGCUCCUUCGCACAUUAAAGUCACCUAGUUCCCCUCAGCAACAGCAGCAAGUCUUAAAUAUUCUCAAGUCCAACCCCCACCUGAUGGCUGCCUUCAUCAAACAACGGACAGCAGCAAAGUACCAGGCUAGCCAGCCCCAGCAGGCCCCGCAGCAGCAACAGAACCCACAAGCCAUGAUGGCUGGCCAGCCAGGAAUGCAGAAUAUAGCUGCCAUGCAGGGUGGCCCAGUGAUGAGACCUGGAAUGCAACCUCAGCAGGCUGCUGCAGCACAGGGCUUGGGGGCUUUAGGGCCCCAGGGGCAACUAAUGAAUGCCGCUCACAACGGCAAUCAGCAGCUUUAUCGCCGGCAGCUCAUGCAGCAGCAGCAGCAGCAACAGCAACAAGGAGCCAUGGCUCCUGGACAGGGAAGGUUUCCCCGGCCUCAAGGCGCAGCUAGCUACUCUCAGAUACGAAUGCAGCAGCAGCAGCAAAUGGCCACUGGACCCAUAAACCAGAUGUCAGGCAUGGCCCAAAUUGGCCAGGCUGGAAUUAACAUGGACCCUUCGCAGAACAUUAUGCAGCAACGCAUGCUGCAGCAGCAACAACAACAACAACAACAGCAGCAGCUCCCACAGCAGAUGUUAAAGCAGCAGCUGGGAUCUCCACCGCAAGCCACCUUGAUGAGCCCUCAGCCCCAUAUGCUGCCGGGACACCAGCAGGGCUCGCAUUUACCUGGCCAGGCCAUGGUUAAUACAUUAGGCAACCAAGUAAGGUCGCCUGCCCCAGUGCAAUCGCCCCGUCCCCCUUCCCAGCAGCCCCCGCACUCUAGUCCCUCGCCGCGCAUGCAGCCCCUGCCUUCUCCCCAGCAUGCCUCACUGCACUCCAACUCCCCCCAUCCCACUUUGGCUGGACCCAUGUCAGGCUCCAUGGACCAGGCACAUCUGUGUACACCAGAGCAGAGCACCAUGCUCCCUCAGCUUAACACACCAAACCGUAGAGGGCUGACCGAUGACUUGGGUAUGGUUGGGGACAGCACUGGAGACACAUUAGAAGAGUUUGUGAAAAGAUUGUAGCAAAGAUGCUCAGAUAGAAAGGUUUUCAUUUUCACAUCAUUCUUUGUACUGAUAUUUCAAACAAAGAAAGUAAAUGGUUUACACAAAACCAAUGGACUAGAUCCCCCC